GCCGUCAUUCUCACGCGCGAACACAACACCACGCUUGCCCGGCGCGCGCGCACGCCACGCCAAACGAAUUCGCGCCAUUACUCCGAACAAUGUGAAUAAGUUUUAUUUAAAAAAUAGUACUUAAAAAUAUACAAAAAUGCGUGCGGUAUUGUUUGUGUGUGCCCUUGUGUAUGUCGUCGCAGCCCAAGAUGUUUCUGAUAUGGUGAACAUGCCUAAAUACGAUUCGAGAUAUGAUUAUUUGGACGUAGAUGCGGUGUUUACUAACAAAAGAUUAGUUAGGAACUAUGUGGAUUGUUUGAUCAAUGCUGUAAGGUGCACGCCUGAGGGAAAAGCGUUGAAAAGAAUACUUCCAGAAGCAUUAAGAACGAAAUGCGUCCGCUGCACAGAGCGCCAGAAGAGAACAGCAGUCAAGGUGAUCAAGCGGCUGAAGAAUGAGUACCCGGACGAGUGGGCCAAGCUCGCCUCCCGGUGGGACCCCACUGGGGAUUUCACCAGAUACUUCGAGGAGUUCCUCGCUAAGGAACAGUUUAAUACCAUCCCUGGAUCAGCUGGCAUAGGCAGUGAGAUCCCCACAUCAUCACCGCUGGCGCCGCCUCGAGCCCCCACGGUAGCUCCCACAGUUGCCUCUCCGACUCCUGCAGCCACCGAACCAACACCACCAAGACCUGUUGUACUCAACCGGUUUGGCGACGAAGGCGAGCUGAUGAUGGGCAGUCCGUCGUCAGCGGGCAUCACGCCACGGCCGAUGACGCAGGCCACCACCAGACCUACCACUACUAUGAGACCGGUGAACACCAGGCCUGUGCCGCCUAGACCAACAAUGAUGACCUGGGCGGGCGCGGCAUCCAACACCCAACCAACGCGUUUUCCACUACGACCUUCGCCAUCCGACGUCCCGCCUCCAUACUCCACAGCCAUCACCCUCAUCGACCAGAUCGGAUACAAAAUAAUAAAAACAACAGAACUCGUUACCGAUUUACUAAGGAACACAGUUCGAGCGGUCGUCGGACGGUAGACCAGUGGAAAACUACAUUUUUUCUUCAUAAACUUUAAGGCAAUAGCUGCCAGUGACAUAGUCAUUUGUUUCGAAAAUCAAAUUUAAAAAACAACGAGGAUUUUACAUGUGUGAAUUUAUAUAAAAGGCUGUAUAUUGUUAUUUAAAGAUUUGAAUAUAAAAUCCCAGUGAUUAACGUGAAUGACUGGCAACAUAUAAUGCAGGAAGUCGGUGCACAAUUAAUGUUAAUGUUACAAGUUUUGCAUAAUAGGGAUCUUAAAUGGCCUAUUUGCAUGGACUAAAAAACUGUCUUUACAUAUGUGUGUUUUUU